AAAGGGGAGAGGGGAGAGAAAGAAAAAAAAAAAACGGACGGUCGGGAAUCUUGCGCGGGACCGACCAGACCAGACCGACCACCCCCUCCGACCCAAAAUCCAUCACGUCACGUUGUCCUCCUCCCCGUCCCUCCCGAACCCGACGUCGGCCGUCAACCUUUCCGUCAGGAUGGCCGCUGCCUUUGACGACGAGGACCUCUCCGUUUCGCUCCCUCCAGUCCACCCCGAUCGUCAUCGUGACCGUCCCACCGGGACGAACCCCCCUCCUCCCAAUUCCAACUCCAACAUCCCCGCCAUGGCCAUGCCUCCGCCAUCCCGCCCGAUCGGAAAAGGCGGCGAGCCUCCCAUGCAGUCCCCCGCGACCACCAGAGACAUGCAGCGCCUCGAUCAGUACCAGACCGUGAAGAUUCUCGGGGAGGGGUCGUUUGGCAAGGUCAAGCUGGCCAUCCACCAGCCCAGCGGUCGCCAGGUCGCCCUCAAGAUCAUCUCCCGCCGCAAGCUGCUGUCUAGGGACAUGGUGGGCCGUGUCGAACGAGAGAUCCAAUACCUCCAACUGCUCCGACACCCUCAUAUCAUCAAGCUGUACACUGUCAUCGCCACGAAAUCCGACAUAAUCAUGGUCCUGGAAUACGCCGAACGAGAAUUGUUCGAUUAUUUGGUCAAAAGGGGUCGAUGCAAUGAUACCGAGGCCCGCAAGUUCUUUCAGCAGAUCAUCUGUGCGGUGGAAUACUGCCAUCGCCAUAAAAUCGUACAUCGUGACCUGAAGCCCGAGAACCUCCUCAUCGACAGCGAGAAGAACGUCAAAAUCGCCGAUUUCGGUCUAAGCAAUAUCAUGACGGAUGGCAAUUUCCUCAAGACCAGCUGUGGUAGCCCCAACUAUGCGGCACCGGAGGUCAUCUCCGGAAAGCUGUACGCGGGGCCGGAGGUAGAUGUGUGGAGCUGUGGUGUCAUUCUCUACGUGCUGUUGGUGGGAAGGCUGCCGUUUGACGACGAUUAUAUACCGGCCCUUUUCAAGAAAAUCGCCGCGGGCAACUUCCAUAUGCCCGCCUACAUAUCCUCCGGAGCCGCUCGGUUAAUUAGGUCCAUGCUGCAGGUACACCCUGUUCACCGUCUUACGAUCCCCGAGAUUCGCCAAGAUCCUUGGUUUCUUCAAGAUCUACCCUCGUAUCUACAACUGCCGCCAGAAGACUACAUCGUUACCGGGGCAGAUCCGAACAAGGCUAUCGACCCCCGGAAGCUCGUUCCAGGGAAGCCCCUGUCGGUGCAGCACAAGAUCCACCAGGUGGCUAUUGCGAAGCUGGAAAGGAGCAUGGGAUAUGCCCGCGACGACAUCGAAGAUGCCCUCAAGAAUCCCGAACCUAGCGCCAUCAAAGACGCUUUCUUUAUCAUCGUGGAGAACGAGAUGAUGCAUACGAAUUCACCAACAGAUGAUAACAUGAUGGGCCCUCCCGUAACACCCUCCCCUCCACCCCCCGAACGAACUCAAAAGCCCCCGACAGCGGCCGGACGACCAACUCCUGCUCCUGCUCCGGGAACCCCCCCUGGUCCUUCUACUCGGGCGCGGAGUGGCUCGCAGCGCCAAAACUUCCAAGUGCCGCCGCAGAGUGACGCGGACGACCUGACGGUGCCGCGCGUGAGCCAUGUCAGAAUACUACCAACCAGCAUACCUUAUGUCCAUGACCAGCUCAUGGAACAGCGUGAGCGGGACCGAAGAACGCGAGCCGCGGGUCGAAUGCAGACACAGGGUGGCGCAGAGUCCGAAAGGGACCCUCGCGCCCAGUACGAGGGUCAUAUGGAGGAACGAGAGGCGACCGCAAGAGCUUUGAAGCCCCAUUCACGCAGCAUUAUAGAUCUCGACAAGCUGCGUUUGGAGCCACCCGAAAGCCGUAGCGCCCCGCAUCAGCCCAAAAGAUCCCGCAAGUGGCAGUUUGGCAUUCGAUCGCGCAAUCAGCCCUACGAGGCAAUGCUCUAUCUCUAUAAAGCCAUUGAGGCGCAAGGUGGGAUCUGGGAGAUUCAACCCACCGGUGCAGACAGCCUGCAGAUCGGAGUCGACGACCCUGAUCCAGAUCAGCCCGCCCCGCUGCAAAGCAAGUAUCCCGACCUACCAUCGGACUACUACAUCCCCAAAGAUCCCUGGUUUAUACGAGCUCGCCUUUUGAAGGAAGGCGUUCGAGCUCCCGGCCUCUCGGCUAGCGUGCAUAGUAGCAAGAGUGACCUGGAAGAACUUCGUCGCCGUUUCAUCCUUUCCAGCGCACCAGCCUCCUUGGACGACAGGAACCUUACACCGGAGCACGCGAGCGUCUCGGGCCCUUCUUCUGCCACGCAACACCAGUCCAUCACGCGCAUCACCUACGGCGUGUGGGUCUUCGUCGACAUCCAGCUGUACCAGUUGGAGGAGAACAACUACAUGGUUGACUUCAAAUGCGAUGGGUAUCAGAACGUGAUUCGCGGGCACAGCGAUGGCGACUGGCAUCCCAUCAGCAAACGGUUCCGGAACAAGGAGAAGGAGGUCACUAGCCCUUAUCCGUUCCUCGACGUGGCGUCGGAUCUGGUGGCUCAGCUGGCUGUUGCUAGCUAGCCUGGGUGUUUAUUGAUCAAAAGGCGUUCUAGGGGGGUUCUUGGAGCAUGUGGUGGCUAGCAUUCAGCGUUUCUUCUUUGGUGUCUUAAUGAAGGUGUACAGCGAUGGCACAAGUGUAGUGGAGUUUCUUUGUCCG